AGUAGAGAUGCAGAGAGGUACCCUUCAAAAACGCCUGAAUGCACAGGCCGGCAGAACACGGUGGACUCUCAAAGAACACGGACGGCUAACGUUAGUAAGUGACGUCCAUGCGUGAACUGAAACGAUGUGACAAGUCUCAUGUAAAAAAGGGAUGCUCGUCUUCAAUACUUACUAAGGAAUACAUGGCCACAGCAAGGAUUUCCUGAAGAAACACUCAAAACACAGACUGCAAGUUUCUCCUGUGUGUUCACCAACAGCUCCGUAGUCCGUGCCUCUUGACAAGGAAGUUUCCACCGGGACGAUCGCGCCCUGUGCCCCCGCUAACAAACUCCAGAGAUCCCCCUGCGGUAAACAUAACUUGGGCUGACAGGUGCAUGCGUUAUGUACAAAGCUCUUACAACACACGGGCGGAUCUACACCUUGGCACCGCUUGUAUCCAGCCUGUCAACGAGUAUUGAUGGUCCUCACAAAUGCCGGGAGUAAAUCAUAGGAAAAUGCCUUGCUUUGGACACCUUGUUGUAGUCCUGAUACCUGCCGUGUCUCUACUUCUACUUCCCUGGCCGAUUUCAGCCUCUGUGGAGAGACUACGGGAAAAGUUACUUUGUGAAAAUUCCAGUAAUACAACUGGUGGCGUUAAUUCAUUUCUGUGGCGAGUGAAGAGAGAUACCCCAGCAUAUUUCUUCGGUACAAUACACGUUCCUUACACCCGUGUUUGGGACUAUAUCCCGGACAACAUCAAGCAAGCCUUCGGUGAAAGUGAAAAUAUCUUUUUCGAAUUGGAUCUAACGGAUACCUAUACCAUCUCCACCCUGACGAACUGCCAGCUCCUGCCCCAUGGGGAGAACCUUAGCGAUGUGUUGCCCAGGAGUUUAUUCGAGAGGUUGCGGGACCACCUCGAGUACGUGAAGGUGAUGAUGCCGUCGUGGAUGACGGCUGACCAGCGGGGGAGAGGGCUAUACGCGGACUAUCUCUUCAAUGCGAUCGCGGGGAACUGGGAGAGGAAACGACCCAUAUGGGUGAUGCUGAUGGUGAACGCUCUCACGGAGACAGAUAUCAAAUCUAGAGGUAUCCCUGUCUUGGACUUAUUCCUUGCUCAAGAAGCCAUGAGAAUGAAUAAAAGAACAGGCGCUGUGGAGCGAGUUGAGGAGCAGUGCAUGCCGCUCAAUGGACUAAACUUCACACAAGUACUAUUUGCCCUAAAUCAAACACUAUGGCAACAAGAAGUCAUGCGGUCGGGGCUAACCAGACGCUCGUACACAACCGAGGAUCUCAUCUGGCACUACAACUGCGGCAAUCUCAACUCCGUCAUCAUCAACCAAGACACGGCGCAGGUCCCCAACAUCCUGAACUCAACGCUGGGUCCAUACGAGAUAAGUCUCGCUCAAGAGAUUGACGAGUAUUUCCGAGAGGAGCUGAUCUACAAAAGGAACCGGAGGAUGGCGUCUCGCGUCAAGGAGAUUCUCGAUCUGUACCCGGACAAGAGUUUCUUCUUUGCUUUCGGAGCUGGUCAUUUUCUUGGAAAUAAUACGGUUUUGGAUCGUCUACGAGAUGACGGAUUCGAAAUUGAAAAUGUCCCUGCUUAUGAAGAAAUCAGAUUGAAGCACUCUGAGAUGACCCCAGAUGACCUGAACUGGCUCCUGGAUGCCACGGAGACCACAUCCAGAGGCAAGAAGCAACGUCUGCGAAGACGGAGAAAGAAGAAGAAGAAUCUUCAGCAAGAGUUCCCGCCCAACGAGCAGCCCCAGAAAGAUUCAUCUGUAGAGACUCCGGAGGACAAAGACAGCAAGCCGGAGCGUAAAUUCAUCGACCUCUGGGUCCCACUCACUGGGAAACCGUUACCAAAGAUUACUGAAGAUCCGAAGGGAGUAACAACGAUCUCUCCUUACCGUGACACAGGAAGUGGAUACAACUUCCUGCGCGGAUCAAGCUGCCUCUCUGCAAUAUCUAGUUCUCUUUACGUAACACUCGCGUUACUCCUAAAUUUCCUCGUGACGAGACUUUGUGUCACACUCUCACCUGUGAGAUAGUACCGUCACAGCUCCAUGAUAUUUUUUCUAACAAGACUGAGCCAAAAAAACAUAGUUGUUAUUUUUUAGUAUAUCUCAUGAAUAUUUAUUAUCCUAUUGUACAGUCAGGACUGCCUUAUUAUAUAAUUUGCAUAAAGUAUUAAUUUUUUUGUUUUUUCCUCUGCCGAUUUUUGGGCAGGUUGUAUAAAAGUUAUUUGUUCAUAUGAAGGGCCUGUUUAUCGAUUACACAUUUUAAGGUUGGUUUUUUUUCUCUCUGACUUGUGAGGCCAGUUCAUACAAAAAGCCAAGCCAUUUUUGAGAUUCAAGGGAAUAUUUUCAGACAAAUGUUUUUAAAAUUAAGUUCAGGGACAUCUUUUGAGUUAUUGUUACUUUGUGUUACCAGAACAAAAUAUGAACUGGCCUUAGUUCGUUGUUUAGUUAUUAUAUUUUUCUUCUAUCAUUUGAUAUAUGGACCAAGGUGAACAUUGAAUGUAAUUAGAUUGGAAAGUCAGUGACUUUGAGCCACUUGAUAGACUUGUGGACAAUUUUGUUUGACUCUCUUCACGAUUAUCGUGUCACUGGCAAAGUUCUCCCGAGACUGCUGGCCCCCACAGGAACGCCCGUCGGGCGUUCUGCUCUCAUGACUAUGGUCUCAUUUAGCGGAGAGCAGCUGGGGAGCCAGGAGCCUCGCGCAAGAGCAGUGAUCUCGUGAGGCCAGUCUUCAACCGCGGAGUACUGUCUACUGAGUGUAUUACGCUAUAACGACAUUUAGACUUGUCCACAAAUCUAGCCAGUUUAUGGUGUCCUCUUCAAGCUCCAUUUUUGGUAUUAAAAAUAAUCUAUAAAUUAGACCUGUAUCACCAUGCAUUUGUUUUUUCCUUACCAACCCAUAUGGUUGGUUAUAGUUGGGUCCCAUUUUUAUUUUGCCACUUAAAGCCCAUUAGAGUAUCCUAGGAACCAUACAAAGCUGGCUGCUAAUGUUAAAGAUUUGUGUUUCCGUACGAUAUCAGUAAUCUGUACAAAUUAGCUACUUACAAUAGAGUUUUACUUUAAACAAACAUGUCACCAAUCAAAAGUUGGUUUGGUUCCCAGCUUAGGCCAAGUCCGAAACGGCGCCUUCGGCUACAGCUAUGGCUAGAUCAGCGCCUCUGUCAGUGUUGAAGAAUAGGCAGUAUCUAGCCGUACCUGUAGCCGAAGUCGACGUUUCGGACACGGCCUUUCUUUGCUUCUUGAGUAAGUCAUAGGCCAUAUACAAAUUGGCAGCUACAACUACAUCUUCAACUGUUGACAAAGCCAUUUUGUCCUUUCAGCAGAGAGAUAAAAAUUCAUGCAAUUUUGAACUACCGGUAAAGUUUGAUUUUCAAGUACUGCAUUCAGGGUGGAUCAAGAUGGAGGGGGGGGGGGGGGGGUCUUCAUUCACAGAGUCCACCAUUUGCAAUUAUAGGAUGGCACCUACUAAGCCUCCAUCAUUCAACAGCCUGGAUAUCUUCACCUUUCUGACUGAAAAAGUGAAGACUACAGCUAGAUACCCAACUUACAGUCGAAAUGACUUUUAACCUUAAACUUGAAAACAUGUUCAUGCCUUUUCCAGGCGUACUCAUGCAAACUGCUGUUACUGGCUUCUGAUUAAAAGCCAAACGGAGCAUAGUAUUAGGUGCUUUCAUGCCAACUCAGAAGCUCCCCCAGUUUAAAUUAAACUAUAGUGCAAGUCAAACCAUGGUCGAACCCACUGCCACAAUUCAGUACUUUUGAAUUUCAUUGACACUCAAGCACACACAGGUGUGUGACAAAGUAGGGCGGGGGCAACUGCCCACCCAAUUUUGACAAACAUAGUGGAGAAAAUUCCCAGGUUUAAAUUAAACUAAAAUAGUGCAAGUCAACCAUGGUCGAACACACAGCCACAGCCUUCAACCCUCUCCACAAUUCCAGUACUUUAGAGUUUCAUUGACACUCAAACUCAAAGGCGAAUGACACAGUGGGGCAGGGGGCAACUUGUCUCCCAAAUUCUACGAACACAAAAUUUGGACAAAGUAAGAAGAAGAGAGACUGAACAGGGAAAGCAAAACAAAUACUUUUAACCUGUGUCUAUUUGGGGCACAUAACCCCUCUCUCUGCCCUGCUAACCAUAAGUUAUAUAGCCUAUGUGCCAAUGCCAAUGCUGACUUUCUAGGCAAGCAGGCAAGACUUUUUGCUAUUGCAGAAAUUUAGCAAGAAUUCUACUAAAUAGCCCUCAAAUGCACAUACAAUCCGUCAUCAUAUAUAGGUGAGCACAAUGUUGGCCACAUUUUUUUUUUUUUUGGGGGGGGGGGGGUAAAAGGUCACAUCUGCAAAGUAAUGUGUUUCCUCAUUGCACUUUAUGCUGGAUAACAUACUCUAAAUAUAAAUUGCCUUUUAGUCAUUUAAUUUUCCUUAACCCAUACAAAUUUUCUUCAAAUACCCAUUGUUUUUAUUCAGCUCAAUUACUUAAUUUUCUGUAACCCUAAUUUUUUUUUUUUUACAUGUAGCGCCUACUUGGAGUAAGAGAUUUCCAGAAUCCGUCAGAACCCUACAGAAUUUUGCUUAGCGACAAAUGAACUUUCAUGUCAUUUAACUGAUACCAGCCAAAAUUUACUCUCGCAUACUUAUUUGGUAGCAGGUUUUGUUUUUGUUUUUUCGCUUACAAAUUUACCCCAGGGCCCAAUGGCAUAGUGCUGCUUACUAUGGAUUUCUGCACUAAUAUAGACCCUUUCUAUUGUAGAUAAACAAACCAAGCUUGUUGACAUGGAUGGCCAAAUGUUUGCAAAACAUUCAACUGUGUCAUAGAUGUAGUGACCAAAUUCAAAACUUCUGCAAACUUUCAAUUUACAAAAAAAUCAUACCACGAUUGAUUGCUUUGUAUCAAAAAAAUUCAACAAUGUUAAUUGUGAAUAUUGGUGUAACAUUGUCGAAAACUGUGGCUUCCCAUAGUUUUUCCAACCUUUGCUGGCAAAAAUUUGGGCUUUGUCAUUGCAAUAGAAAUGUCUAUGGCUCAUGCUGUGUUUUGGGUUCCAGUAGCGCAGAAUUUAGUCGUAAGCAGCAUCAUCUAGUUUGCCCAGGUCAAAAUUCCAGUUGAACCUAGUUAACUGGGGUCAACUGGUUCAACUGGAUAGUGAUCAAACUCGUCCA